AUGAGAUUAUUGGUGAGCUGUGUAGAUAGUGGUUCAAUAAAGGAAAUUGUUUGUAACCAAGGUACAGACACAUCAAUUCAAACCUCUAUACAACCUUUCCAUAUAUCGACUAAUUUGUCUCAAGGUUCAUCUAAUGCAAUCGACCAAAUUGCUCAGGUAACUACUAAAACUCUACUACUUGCAAGAUGCAAUGGGGCUAUUGAAUUAGUUCAAACCGUGGGGAAAACAAUGAACUUAGAAAAUGAUAUCUCUUUUGAAACAAACGAUUACGAAAUACUAGAUAAAAUUGAGGGACUUACUGAUGAUUCCAAAUUGGCACCAUUGUAUGAAAAAUCUAAAAAAAGAACUAAACUGAGAGAUGGUACCAUUUCUCUUUCUUUGGUCAAAAAGUAUAAAAAAAUUGUCACAUAUAUCUCAGCUACCAAGUCUGGUAUGGUUCAUAUUAUAGAUAUUGAAAAUAAUAGAAAGUUAGUGCUGAAAAAUACGUUCCAAUUGAAAGCACCUUUGGACUUUCUCCAAUUGUACGAUUUCUAUGAAGUCGAGAAACCUCAAGAGAAAUACGUAUUUGCAUAUGGUGGUGAGGAGAACUUGAUUAAAUUAGUUGAGAUAAAUUCUAAUUUUACUGAAAUUAAACAAAUAUGGGAAGCCAAGAAUGUUAAAAAUGAUACAUUGGAUUUGAGGGUACCAGUAUGGCCAAUCGGGGUGAAGUUCUUGAGACCUUUUGAAAAGGAAGGCUCUGAUUUUAAGAAUCAACUUAACUAUCAAUUCUUGGCCGUCACUCAUUGGUCACAUUUAGGGAAAUAUAGAACAGUUCAUGGACGUAAACCAAUGGAAUAUAUUGACCUAUUACCAGAUCGUGAACCAUUGACAUCUUUUAUAUUAUCUGGUAAUGAUUUGUCACGUCUUGGAAAUUUGCAAAGUAGCGAUUUUGCUGAUGCUAAGUUCUUCAUCAGCGAUACCAAGAAAAAUGUUUUCCAAUUCAAUUCUACUGGUCGUCUAUUAAAGAAAUUCGGGAAGGGGGAAAUAACAGGUGCAUCUUCAUAUAUAAACGUUUAUGGUAAUAAGUACUUACUACAAGGUGGCCUUGACAGAUAUGUUCGUGUAUUCGAUCUACAACAUGGAAACUCAUUGAGCAAAGUCUAUCUUGGCGGUAAAAUAAAUUUCAUCACGGUAUUAGAUACGGAUGAAGUAGUAGUUCCAGUAAAAGAGGAUGCAAAAUCAAAGAAGGCUAAGAAAAGGAAAAUGCUUGAAGAGGAAACAGAGCAAGACGCUGAUAAAUUAUGGGAUCAAUUGGAUACCUCCAGUAAAAAAAGCAAGGUUUAG